AUGGCGCGACCAACAUCGCAAACACAGCCCCGCAGGGUUUCGAACGCGUACCUCUGCAUCUAUAAUCUCCUAUCAGCGCUCCUUCGAAUCUGCAUCCUGCUCAGCACCGCCUACCUGUGGACCACCGGCGGCAACGUCGCCGUUUGGGACAAACUAAGCGCCACAGCGCGAUGGAGUGAGACUCUGACUGUGUUGGAGGUCCUCCACGCUGUGACUGGUCUCGUCCGAGCUCCACCGGCCACAACGGCUUUGCAGGUGGCUGGUCGCAACACCAUUGUCUGGGCUAUUACUAGAAAUUACCCAGAUGUUGUGGCGGGAGAGUCGGCGUAUAGUUAUAUGCUUAUGGCUUGGAAUCUGGCUGAUACGGUGAGAUAUCUGUAUUUUGCGUUUCAGACAGGGACUUCAUCUGUGCCGUCGAUCCUACUCUGGGCAAGAUACAAUUUGUUCAUUGUUCUUUACCCGAUCGGCAUCCUAUCCGAGGCGCGUCUUGUCUACAAAGUUAUUGAGCCAUCUAAAGCUAGAAAUUCGACAUAUCAGUAUCUGCUCUGGUUUGGACUAGCUAUUUAUCUACCUGCCUUUUACAUCCUGUACGGGCAUAUGCUCACUCAGAGAGCCAAGGUUAGCCGCUCAAGACGUGCCAAAACCCUGUAA